AUGUCCUCCAAGCUUCACCAAGCGCCUCCUUUCAGGGCCGAGCAAAUGGGCUCCCUGCUCCGUCCCCAGAAGCUCCUCGACAUCCGCGAAGGCAAGAUCCGCGACCAGGGUCUGUCCGAGGAGGAAGCCGGUCUUCCCGCCGUCGAGAAGGAGUCAGUCGCCGAGGUCGUCCAGCUGCAACGCGACCUGGGCAUCAAGGGCGAUGCCGAGGCCAGCAUGUUCCGGCUAUACCACCCCGACGUGGUGAGCCUCAUCGAAAAGGACCGCAAGGUCAUGCCGGGCGACUCCGUCAUUGCCGGCGGAAAGCUGUCCCACUCGCCCGCAAAGUCCAAGUCCAACUUGCACGAGCUGCGUCUGGUCCAGGCUGCCCUGCCGAAAGAGGAGUGGAAGGAUAUCAAGUUGACCAUGAUCACGCCGGCUUGGUUCCACAUGCGCUACAAGCAGGGCAGAGCCUACACCAAGGAGGCGUACGCCAACGAUGCCGAGUACUUCAAAGAUGUCGCCAAGGUUUAUCACGCCGAGCUCCAGCAGCUUUAUGAUGCUGGUUUGCGCAACGUUCAAUUCGAUGACCCCGGCAUGGCUUAUUUCUGCUCGCAACAAUUCCGCAAGGGCUGGGAAGAGGAUAAAGACAACGACGGCACCGUCGAAGACCUCCUCGAUGCCUACAUUGCUCUGUAUAACGACACAGUCAGCAAACUGCCCGAGGACAUGCACACCGGUAUCCACCUGUGCCGCGGUAACUUCAUCGGGGGCCGCCAUUUCGCCGAGGGCUCCUACGACAUCAUCGCCAAGAAGCUCUUCCAGAACCUGAAUGUCAACACAUUCUAUCUCGAGUACGAUACCGAGCGCGCGGGCGGAUUCGAGCCCCUCCAGUUCCUUCCCAAGAACAAGAACGUCGUCGUCGGUAUCAUCAGCACAAAGGUCGCCAAGCUCGAGGACAAGGAGGAGAUGAAGGCCCGUGUUCUCAAGGCGGCCGAGUACGUCGCCAAGGGAAGCGGCGAGACCAAGGAGGAGGCGCUCAAGCGUAUCUGCGUGUCGCCCCAGUGCGGUUUCAGCACCCACGAGAGCGGAUACCCGUUGAGUCUGGAGGAUGAGAAGAGCAAGCUUUCUUUGAUUAGGCAGAUUGCCGACGAGAUUUGGGGCGAAGCCUAA